CAAUAAGAAUCCAAGUUUCAGUAUUAUAGUAACGUGUGCCGUCGUCAGUGGUGGAUAUAUAUUCUGUCCGAUAUCGGAUUAUGCGUACUGCGUGCGUUUAAAAUCACACACACCAAAAAAACCAAUAGCAGCAGCAACAACAACAACAACAACAACCACAAUAACAAAAGCAACAGAGUAAUCAAAAGAAGUAAAAAGUCAGCAAGUGGAGACAGCAAACAGCAAGUAAGCGCGAGAGCAGACGGCCAGAGAGACAGAGGUAGAGUGGGGGAGAGAGAGAGCGAAACAAACGUCGUUUUGUGGUCUAGCAGCAGCAGAGCAGCAGCGUCAAAGUCAGCACAAACAUGUCUACCGAUUCGAGUCGACGCAUCCAGGUUCCAGAUGAGCUCAAGGAGGUGCUUUUGCAGUUCUCGAUUUCGUAUUUGGUCGAACAGCCGCCGGAUCUGAUUGACUUUGCUGCCGAUUACUUUAACAAACUUCAGGCUAAUCGGCCUGCCACGGGCAGCACCGAUAACACGGCCGAUGAUAAUCAAAGCGUCAACUCACAGGAAGGCGAUGCGGAACCACCAGCAGUACAAAGCACACGUCGCAAAUCAGUGUUCGCCGAGGCUUACGAUCCGGAGGCGGAUGAUGAUGAUGAUGGCGCAACUGCCGUAUUCCCCAAGACAGAUGAACAGCGCGCGCGUCUCAUCGAGUCAGUGAAGAAUGUGCUGCUCUUCCGUUCGCUCGAGAAGGAACAGAUGAAUCAAGUGCUGGAUGCGAUGUUCGAGCGAAAGGUGCAGCCGGGCGAUUUCAUCAUACGCCAGGGUGAUGAUGGCGAUAAUUUUUAUGUUAUUGAAUCUGGCAUCUAUAAGGUCUAUAUAAAUGAUAAACACAUUAGCACCUAUACCCACACCGGACUAUUUGGUGAAUUAGCGCUGCUCUACAAUAUGCCCAGAGCGGCUACCGUACAGGCUGAAACAGUUGGGCUACUCUGGGCCAUGGAUCGUCAGACAUUCCGGCGCAUAUUGCUCAAGUCGGCGUUCAAGAAGCGAAAAAUGUACGAGGAGCUGCUAAACAGUGUGCCCAUGUUAAAGGCGCUGCAGAACUACGAGCGUAUGAAUCUAGCCGAUGCUUUGGUCACCAAGACCUACGAGGAUGGCGAACGUAUCAUCAAGCAGGGUGAUGCUGCUGAUGGCAUGUACUUCAUCGAGGAGGGCACUGUAUCGGUGCGCAUGGAUCAGGAUGAUUCCGAAAUCGAGAUAUCCCAGCUGGGCAAGGGUCAAUACUUUGGUGAACUGGCCCUGGUGACACAUCGGCCAAGGGCUGCUUCCGUUUACGCCACGGGCGGCACUGUAAAGCUCGCAUUCCUCGAUGUGAGAGCAUUUGAGCGUCUGCUCGGUCCCUGCAUGGAUAUUAUGAAGCGCAACAUUGAUGACUAUGAAUCGCAGCUGGUUAAAAUAUUCGGCAGCAAAAAUAAUAUCACCGAUACACGAUAAAAAGUCUGAAACAACAAACAACAACCACAGAACAACAACAAUAACAACAACAGCUACCAGGCUAAUGGGUUUUUUUAAAAGGACUCUGCACAAAACUAAACGAAGGCAUGCACACAACAGCAACAACUACAACAAAAUCAAUUACCAAUACAAGCGCAAACCAAACACACACACACACACACAUUGGACCCUAUAUAUAAAUAUAAAAGUUAAAGAAAAAGGAUUUAAAUUGAUUUAAUUAUAAUUUAAGCUGAGGCUGGUUAAUGAAAUACGAAAAACAAUGAUAAUGAUAAUACGCUAAUGAUAAUGAUAAUCAUAAUGAGUUGAGCACUCAAAAACACAAACACACACACACACACAACUAUUGUAUGUAUGUAUUAGCAAUUGUAAUUUAAUAUAUUUAAUUGGAUAAAACAAAGCAACUAAAAUCGAAAGGAAAUUUUUGCCUACUUUGUGUGUCCUUAGCUCAAAUUAAGGACGUGUUAAGAGUGCAUAGUUAAUAGUCUUGUUUUUUUCUUAAUUUUAAACUAUUAUUAUUAUUAUUAUUAUUAUUAUUAUUAUUAUACUAAUUUGUUAUUGCUUGAUUUACGCAUAAUUUAGCACAAUAUAUAGCAGAAGAAAAACAAAAAGAAAA